CCGGCCAUGUGGUAGGCUGCCGUAGCGCUGCGCUCAGCUCGUUGUUCCAUUCCAUUCCACAGAGCAAAAGCAAGGGAGAGAAGAAGAGGAGAAGAGAAAGAAAAGAAAAGCAAAGGCAAAAAGGUGAGCGAGACCGGAUUAGUUAGGCUUGGCUAGCUAACCCCGGAAGUAGAAGAAAAGCCUCCGAUUCCUUCCCUCCCAUCCUCUCCCUCCUCGCCGAAAGGGAGAAGGAGAAGGAUGGACAGCUCAGGGCUGCGGGCUCAGGCGCCGGUUCACAUGGCCGCGGGAUGCUGCAGCGAGGACUGAGGACUCUGGAUGGGUGUUCGUCCCGCCGGCCGAGAGAGACAGAGAAAGAGAGAGAGGGAGAAGGGGAUAGAGACGAGUGGAGUCAGAAAGGGCCGGCCGGUGAAGAAGCUCCAUUCCGUGUUUGCUCAGUGUGAUCAUCAGGUCCAACUGGUGCUGAUCUCUCUCAUGAACUGAGCAAUCAAUAGAAGAAACAAAAGGGUCAUUUCCGCUACAGAAAAAUAAAUCAUCAGGAAUGGGAAGACGAGGCCACAGGCGGUCUGCAUCACAAGAUGAGGACAAUGUGGGCUGUGUGUGGGGCCUCAUGCGCAUGCUAUACUUCCGCCGAGACCCCAAACUCUUGCUGGAUGCAAAGCAAUUGAGUGGGAGGCAUACGUUCCGGGAGGUCACUGAGAGGGGACAUUCAGCAAAGAGGCCCAACGAUUUUGACGAGAUAGAAGAAGACGGUAACAUAGAAGAAUACACUUGUCAGAAACCAACAGUCAAAAACCUUAUGGAGGAUGAAUUGGGAAAAGUAAAGCUGCUGAAGAAAAAUCCAAAUGACGAGGUUCAGAGAAGAUUAGCGGAACUGGGAGAUGAUGUCUCUCUUGAUAGGAGUUCAGAGCAUACAAAUAAAUCAACAGAUAACUCAUAUCACCAGGCAGGAAUCUCUACGCCUUCAACUCCAAUGGAUUCUGGGGUUUCGAAUUAUGCUGAAGAAUUUGAUCUUGAAUCUGUCCUGAUGAAUUUCCUAGGUGAAAUAUAUAGUUGUCACAAUGAAUGCCCACACAGUGAUUGCAAGAAUAAGAAUGAAUUGUGUCCUUCACUGAAGGCCCUAAUCCAUAAAAAGGUCAAUGAAUUGAAUAAUCUUCCUCGCAAUAUUAGCUGUGGGCAGUCUCAAGAGGGUAAUGAUGUUAAGCUACCUGACCAGAAUAAUCUUUCUAACACCAUGGCAGCCCAAUCCAAACAAUUCAAGGAUGCAUUGGAAAUACUGGGUUCAAACAAUGAACUUUUCGUGAAGCUGCUUCAGAAGCCAAAUCCACAUAUAGCUGACAGUAUCCAAAAGCAUGAAAACAGUAAGGUAGCUGCUGGAUUAGAGCCCAAUAAAAUUCAUGGACAGACCAAUUUUGUUGGAGGAAGAGGAGGCUCAAGACAGCAUCCUUUGGCUACAAAAGAGCAAGCUAAAGAGAGAAAAUAUAUGUUCUUCUGGAGGAAGGGUAAAUCAAAUAGAAGGCAGAUGCUUGAGGCAACUGACGCAGCUCAGACUGUUAGCAAAAUUGUUAUUCUGAAGCCAAAUCCAGAAAGAGGGAUUAAUCAGAAAGCAGCUACUGGAAGAACUUUACAUCAACAGCCUUGUACAUCUCAUGCUCCUGAAUGUAGUGGAAGGGAAAACUCAAAGUUUUCAAUUAAGGAAGUCAAGAAAAGAUUCAGAUUUGUGACUGGUGAGAGUAGAAGAGAAAAAAAUUUGGCACCUGCAGAGGAGCUUCAAGGAGGGCCACGUAAGCUCAAAGAUUCUGUUAUUGCAAUUAAUAAAGAUUUUAGACAUCUCCCGGAAGGGAGCUUGGGAAACAAGUCUGUGUCAGACAUUAAGAAUGACAUCAAACCUUUCAUCAGCAGUAAGCAAAAGCAGCAAAAUGGGAACAUAAGCGAAAUCAAUGGCCAUAUUGUAACACCAAAAGGUGUGUCUAUCUUCUAUGAAGAGGCCAAGAGACAUUUAACAGAGAUGCUAAAAGAUAAUGACUGUUCUGUAAACUACCCAGCAGUUCAAAUCUCAAAAUCCUUGGAAGGCAUACUUUCUCUUCCUCAUGGCAAUGUGUCAACCCCUAGGAGUAGCCUGAGGGGAAAGGAUUACCUUGACCCCUCACCUGGAGAAACAGAUGUUUGCAUUGCAUGUGAGGUUGAGAGAGAAGAAUGCACACAAGAGAGAAACCAAUCACAAAAGGAUUUAGGAAGCAUUGUUCUCUGUACCAGUGCAGCAGUUGAUGAUCAGGUGACAGUUCGAGAAGGAUAUUACACGAAUGAAGCACAAAAAGGACCAAGACAUGCUGAUGAUGAGCCAAGCACUCUGUAUACUGAAGGAAUUGACAAACUCAUUUGCGGUGAAAACGUUUGCAAUGAACGGUCCAUUCCAGCAGAACAAAGCAUUGAUGAUGUAUGUCAGGAAACACUAGAAGAAAUAAAACAAGGAAAAGAACAUGUAAAAGUGUCCCCGACUUCUGCUGAGGGCAUAGUCGAAAAAUUGGGGCAGCAAGAGCCAGAAACACCAGAACCAAGAGCAGCAACCAAAUUAAUCUCAGAUGGUUCUCCUGAGCAAAGCGAUGAAAAGCAAGAGAGGCCCAGUCCAGUAUCUGUUCUUGAGUCAUUCUUUGAAGAUAUUGGCAGUCCAGACUGCAUAAAUAAGAAAGAAUGUGAGCUGCAUGGUCUCCAAAGGACCCUGUAUUUUCCAGAUAAUGAACCAGAUGCUAAUGUCCUUUGGGAGGACAAGAAUGUCAGGGUGGAUUACAUAAAGUUGGUGCUAGAACUCUCAGAGUUGUGUGCAGAACAAAAUUUAGAGGUAUGGUACCUAGAGGAUGAAUUAAUCAGCCCCUGCUUGUUUGAAGAACUACAGAGUCAGGGUGAUCAAACAGAUGAUCUAAAGCUUCUGUUUGACUGUAUCUGUGAAGCUCUAACAGAGAUCCAAGAGAGAUAUUUUAGACUCUCUUCUUGGCUAACGUUUCUAAAACACGACAUACGGACACCUCCGAUAGGAGAAAACCUCAUCACAGAAGUUGAUAGAUAUGUUUACGGGUAUAUCCAAUAUAGUCUUCCAAGUACUCUAGAGCAGACAAUGAAGAGGGAUCUAGAAGUUCAGACGUGGAUGAACAUUAGAUCGAAAACUGAAGGGAUUGUUAUGGAGAUCUGGGAGUUUGUAUUGGAUGAGUUGAUAGAUGAGACUGUCUUUGAUUUGUGGAUGUGAAGUUCUGAUUAUAUCUCGUCCAUGGUGCUUUGUGAGUGAGUAUAGUGAGUAGGAUACAUGAGUUUUCGUGCUGACAAUAACCAAUUCUAUGCGGCAGAAUAACAUGAUGGGCUACUACUACUAGUCAAGUGUGUAACUACAGUGGAAAUGGUUCUCGUGGAUUGAGAACAAAAGUUUAGGUCAGCAAAAUCUCCAGAGUUGUGCAGUUUGUACGGAUGAAGUUGGGCACGGUCUGUCACCAGAACUCACAGCCAUGCCUCUGAGCAGCGAAGUGUACAGCAGUCUGAAGCGCAUUGCAAUUUUCCUCUUGCCCAUUGAGAUUUGAGAGUUUGUGUGCAUACGUGUGAUGCGUCCCACUUUUCAGCGGGAUCGGAUCACGCUUAUUGUAUAUGCUUUGUUUUUUGUGUGUAAAUGUGCAAGAAAAUAAUCAUACAUCAUUAAUCCAAUGACAUGUUUUCUGUAUGCUUAGCAUUAUUUCA